UGGAUCACGUCCUAGCUGUACUCGUACACGGUGUCGGCCUGUGUAUAAGAAGCCUGGGUCAUAGCCCCUACCCCAGACUUUCACAGCUCUCCGAUGUUAUUGCGUCACUACCAUCUUCACCAUGAGAACGUCCGCCGCCCACAAGGCGAUAUCCUUGACCCUAUCGGGUGCCAGGCUGGCCCUCGCCCAAGACGUCGCCCCGAGUUCGGACACUGUCGGUCAGCCAUUGGACGUUGUCACCAACUCCGUCCCUAAGGUUUCUGCGCCUGUCCCCGACGGGCCGGUCACGGAAACUAGAGGGGAUAGACCGGGCGAGAUUGUCCAAGCAAAUCCGGGCACGGCGUCCAGUGAGCUGACCGAGCCAUCAAGCGAAGUGCAGGAAGACACCCAGACGUUGGAAACAUCACUGGCCACCUCUUCUGAAACCGACGGCAUCAACUCCUCGGGGACGCCCACGGGCGCGUCGGAAAAUCCCUCGGCUACGGAUGAGGAUGAUAAUGACGAUGAAAUCAUCCUCGUCGAGGAUCCUGCAUUGCUCGACAACUCGACCGAGCCGUAUCUGCCUGCUGAGAUUGCAGAUGAACAUAUCCUAGAGGAAGAAAACAACGGACCCAUCACGAUAAUGACCAAGAAAGAGGCUCGGGAAAUCGCCGUUCUCGAAGGCCGAGUGCGACGCUAAGCUAUAGAAGAGAAUCUGGCCGUUUAAGGACUACUC